ACAAGAUAGCCGGCGGGAACGUACGCACGCCUCUAGCUAGCUAGUGCGAAGCAACAAGCUUCCAGCGCCUGAAGCCAUGGCCAAUGGACACCGUGCUCCACUACUCACAGCCUGCGUGUUCCUCAUCAUCUGCGCCGCCGCCACGCUCGUCGUCGUCUACACCGCCUUCCCGGUCUCCCUGAACCCAUGCACCUACUCUCUGCCGAGGGCGCUCAUCACCGUCUCCGGCCUCCACCCGUACGUCGUCUCAUGCCAAGGCGACGCCGACACCGCCCCACUCUCCGACGGCAGCAAGAAGACCGGCGGUCCUGUCGAGACCAGCCUACGCACGUGCGUGAAGCCAACACUCCCGCCGCACCCGCUCCCGCCCUUCUACUGCUGCCCGCCGGCGCCCGCGUCGGAGCCGAUCAACUUCACGCUCCCGGACCCGGCCGAGCCGGUCAGGGUCCGGCGGCCGACCCACGCCGCGGGGGCGGCGGAGCACAUGGCCAAGUACGAGCGCGCGAUAGCGCUGAUGCGCGCGCUGCCGGACGACGACCCGCGCAGCUUCUACCAGCUGGCCAACGUCCACUGCGCCUACUGCACCGGCUCCUACCGCCAGACGGGGCACCCGGAGCUCCACAUGCAGAUCCACUUCUCGUGGCUCUUCUUCCCCUUCCACCGCGCCUACCUCUACUUCUUCGAGCGCAUCGCGGCGAGGCUGCUCGGCGAUCCCGGCUUCGCGCUGCCCUUCUGGGGCUGGGACGUGCCGGAGGGGAUGCGGAUGCCGGCCGAGUUCGCCAACUCCUCGUCGCCGCUCUACGACCCCGCGCGGAACCCGGCGCACGCGCCGCCCGCGGUCGUCGACCUGGACUUCGCGCGCGUCGAGGGCAACCUCACCGACGAGCAGCGGGUCCAGCAGAACCUCAGGAUCAUGUACAGGCAGAUGGUCGGCAAUGCGGCCCUGCCGUCCCUCUUCCACGGCCAGCCCUUCCGUGCCGGCCAGUCCGACAUGCCGGGCGCUGGGACGGUGGAGCUCACCCCGCACAACGCCAUGCACACCUGGACCGGCGAUCUCACCCUCCGCAACGUGGAGGACAUGGGCACCUACUACUCCGCCGGCCGAGACCCGCUCUUCUACCCGCACCACGGCAACAUCGACCGCCUGUGGGAGGCGUGGCGCGACGUCGGCGCCGCCCGCGGCUACCGCGGUCACGUCGACUUCACGGACCCCGACUGGCUCGACUCCUCCUUCCUCUUCUACGACGAGGAGGCCCGCCUGGUGCGGAUCACCGUCCGCGACGUGCUCGACGUCGACAAGCUCCGGUACAGGUUUGACGACGUUGGCAUGCCGUGGGCCGACGCGCGUCCGUCUCCUACUCCAAACGUGAACGGAAAUAAACCUAGCUCCUCGUCGUCGUCGUUGAAGUCCGUCAGCUUCCCGCUGUCCCUUCACACGGCUGUGACCGUGGAGGUAAGACGGCCGCGGGUGCUUCGAGGCCGGCCGGAGAAGGAGGUGCACGAGGAGGUGCUGGUGGUCGAGGGCAUCGAGACCGACGGCACGGAAAUGGUCAAGUUCGACGCCUACGUGAACGCCAUGGAGUACGAGAAGGUCGGGCCGAGCGGGCGGGAGCUGGCCGGGAGCUACCUGUGCUUGAGCCAUCCUAGUACGGAUGGCACAGGGAAGGGGAUGACGGUGGAGACGAGCAUGAGGAUGGCGUUGAACGAGCUCUUGGAAGAUCUGGGCGCCGACGGAGACGAGAGUGUGACGGUGACAUUGGUACCUAGACACGGGAAGGUUAAGAUCGGAGGCCUGAAAAUUGUGUACAUGAUGGAGUGAGAUUCGUUUGUUUUCGAUUCAUGCUAUGUUUUCUGGCUUUUGGCGAACUCGGCCUUGUUUCAAAAUAUUACUCCACAUAAUGCUGCGUUGUUUUUUUACUUUCUUGUUCCAAAGUGUGAUGUCAUGUUUCAU